CGACAGUCUGCAGCCAUGGCGGGGAAGCAGUUCCCCUCCCUCGCGCACGCGCGCCGCGUCUCCUCCCGCUGCCUGCUCGCCGUCGGCGCCCUCCUCGUCUUCUCCGCCGUCUACUUCCUCCUCCUCUCCCCCUCGCCGCCGCGCCCCGUCGCCGGCCCGCUCCCCAACCCUAGCAGCGCUACCACCUCCUUCGUCGCCUCCCUCGACCGCUUCCUCGACUCCCCGCACCGCCCCGCCGCCUCCUCCGCGGCGCCCGGGGACCUCGACGCCGCGAUCCGGAGGGAGGAGGAGGCCCGGCUGUACGGGGACCCACGGGGCGCGUGGCCGGCGCCGCUAAGGGUCUACGUGUACGAGAUGCCACGCAAGUUCACCUACGACCUGCUCAGGCUGUUCAGGGACUCGUACCGCGACACCACCAACCUCACCUCCAACGGGAGCCCCGUGCACAGGCUCAUCGAGCAGCAUUCUAUUGACUACUGGCUGUGGGCGGAUCUCAUUGCUCCUGAAUCACAAAGACUUCUGAAGAAUGUUAUCAGGGUUGAGCAGCAAGAAGAAGCAGACAUUUUCUACGUGCCAUUUUUCACAACAAUCAGUUACUUCUUGCUGGAGAAACAAGAAUGCAAGGCACUUUAUAGGGAAGCUUUGAAGUGGGUGACUGAUCAACCUGCUUGGCAACGUUCAGAAGGCAGAGAUCAUGUUAUUCCUGUUCAUCACCCAUGGUCUUUUAAGUCAGUCCGAAGGUUUGUGAAGAAAGCAAUAUGGCUUCUACCUGAUAUGGAUUCUACUGGGAACUGGUAUAAACCUGGGCAAGUUUAUCUGGAAAAGGAUGUUAUCCUUCCAUAUGUCCCAAAUGUUGACCUUUGUGAUUAUAAGUGUGUGUCAGAAACUCAAUCUAAAAGAAGUACGUUGCUGUUUUUCCGAGGAAGACUUAAAAGAAAUGCUGGUGGGAAGAUACGCAGUAAGCUUGUGACAGAAUUACAAAGUAUAGAAGACAUAAUUAUAGAAGAAGGGUCUGCUGGCGCCAAGGGGAAAGUAGCAGCUCAGACUGGCAUGCGCAAGUCUCUCUUUUGCUUGAAUCCUGCUGGGGACACUCCAUCUUCUGCUCGCCUGUUUGAUGCAAUUGUUAGUGGAUGUAUCCCAGUUAUAAUCAGCGAUGAGCUAGAGCUUCCUUUUGAAGGAAUACUUGACUACAGCAAGAUAGCAUUGUUUGUUUCAUCAACUGAUGCUGUGCAACCUGGCUGGCUGGUGAAGUACCUAAGAGGCAUUGAUGCCCAAAGAGUUAGGGAGAUGCAAUCCAAUCUUCUCAAGUACUCGAGGCAUUUUCUAUAUUCAAGUCCUGCUCAGCCCCUUGGACCAGAAGACCUUACAUGGAGAAUGAUUGCUGGCAAGCUGGUGAACAUCAAGUUGCAUAUUCAGCGGUCGCGGCGCGUGGUCAGAGAAUCAAGAAGCGUAUGCACAUGUGAGUGUAGAGUCGGGAACACUACGAGGAUGCUCUGAACCAGCUUUUUCUUUGUAUUUUCCAGUUCACGUAUCGCGGUAGCUCUUCUCUACCUGUCAUUGGCAUGAGUUUUGCACAGCUGUUACACUCCCUUGUAAAUUGUACUUGAAAAAUCAAGCGUUAGUUUGUAAGUGAUGCUCCAGUUGGAGAAUUAAGAAUUUUAAGAUAUGCAGUGUGCUA